AUGCAAAAAGCCCAACCAAACCAUCUUCAUAUCCCUCAAAUUUCCUCGCCCUUUGUCGGAUUUGAUCUCCUGGAAUCAUUUGUUGAAAGCAACCCCACUGCGAAAGGGGACCGUGGACAGACCUGCACAUACUCCAGCAAUGCUAGCAGGGCUACAUCAUCGACACCCCAGACUCCCAAGGAAUGCCUAUCUAGGGACCCCAUGUUUGCCGAUGGGUCUGAUUUGCUUCCCCCUGACUCGCUGCCACUGAUUGAUUCAGUGGAAUCCUGGAUAAGCAAGGAUCACAAGGAUUCAGCUUUGAAAUUGUCCCUCAAGAAUGCGUCUGGUGAUUCUCUUCUUAGAACCGAGCUCCUAGAGAGAUUGCUUCUUCACCUAGCUAAAAUAGCAUCAACCAGCAACCGGGAGAUCACGACUAUUGUUCUACCCCCUGGUGUCAAAUCAGAAGGACUCAGCCGCCAAAGCGCGAAACCAUCAUCGGCACCAGUCACCCAACAAAAUACCUUCAGGAGGUCGGUGCAGAAUUCUGCGCUGCGGUCGACCCUAGCGCCUGUCUGCCAUGCUUCAAACUCAUCGUGCGCAGAAUCUACCAAUAAUUGCUCUGGACACGGUUCCUGCUAUCUGAAAUACGGUUCGGGCGUUGAGGGAACGACAGGAAAUUGUUAUGCAUGUCAAUGCAAACAAAGUGUUGUUCAGAAUAGCGAUGGCACCACCAAAACUAUUCAGUGGGGUGGAUCGGCUUGCCAGAAAAAAGACAUCAGCUCACCUUUCUUCCUUGUUGCGAGUGUUAGUCUGCUUGCCAUCAUUCUGGUUGGUAGUGCGAUUGGAAUGCUUUUCAGUAUGGGCUCACAGGAGCUACCCAGUGUCAUCAGUGCUGGUGUAGGAGGUCCCAAGUCUCAGAUGUGA